CCAAGAAAGAAAUCAUCCAAACCGCAGAACGAAUCGUGUGGAGGAAACAGAGAGGCCCCAUUGACACCUCUCCAUAAUGUCUACAUCAUUAGCAUACAAGCAUUACCUGCGCGCGCUCUCGCGCUGGCCCAAAGAUCCGCUGCGGCCCGACUGCCAAUUCCAAGACGCCAUGCGCCACCGUAUCGAGCAGCGGCUGUCGCCCCAGAAAGCAGCAGCGAGCCCGGAUGCUGCGCGCGCCGAAUUGGAACAGGUCAAUGCCCUGUACUCGUUGUUGGAGAAUAGGUAUAGUAAGAAGUAUGCCUUGAAGGGCUCGCUGUUGACGCCCGCGAGUAACCCGACGCAUUAUACGGACUUGGUCAGGGAAUUGGAUGAGGCGCCGAAGAGGAAUUGGUGGCAACAGGUGACGAACAAAUGGAAGGGCUUGAUACGAUUCAAAUGAGAGACCGGAUGGACAUCUGGACGUGGACUGGAACAUAAAUUGUACUUAUAUACUGUACUGUACAUAUACGGCGUUGGAAGGCUGGGCCAGAACUAAUCAAUCAUCUUUAUAUCCAUU